AUGCCAUUAGCAAGACCGGUGGGAGUCGAGGUGGUGCUUAUGGUCGAUGGCGGAGGCGAGGACGCCGACGCCUCGACGCAAUAUGAUCGGCCCGUAACGAAAUUACCACACUGGGGGUACAGCGAGCAUCACACUCCAUGGCAGGGUAUUAACCAGGUGGUGCAACCUACCAAGUUGAGGAGUUUUGCAGGCGAUCCCCCAGUAGUCUGGCAUAUUAGCACAUGCGACAGAGCUGUCAUUGCUGAACCACCAGGCAUGCUCUACGUUCGUAUUAGGGUCAAAGGGCAGGUUAAGCUGGGUUGGGCGUCAAGUAGAGACACGUCCUGUCUUGGGACAGCAGUCGCCCUCGGUUGUUGCUACGGGACGGCCUUUACCGCUAGGGCAAUGGCAAGGACAAAGGCUACAGCCAGAGCAGACUUCGAGCGAAGAUUAAGCGAAGGCAUGAUGAAUGCUGUUAGAGUGCAGGUUGCCGGUUAUUUUCCUGGUGUCUGCCGGCAUACGUACACUUUACUGGGAACAUUUAUACCCAGGCAAGUGGAGAACGAAGUAAGAAAAUGGAGCGUUACCUUCGGCAAGCUCCGUAGGAUCGGUCGUAAACGCCAACACCUCUGGUGGUCUCGGCACGAAAUAUUUGCCCUGGAUAAUUAG